GCAGAGUGCACGACACGACGACACACGAUGACAGCACGGCGGACCAGCAGGAGAAGGAAGCAGCGGAAGCCAGUGGACACUGGUGCUGCUGAUGAUGAUGCUGCUGUUGACGGUGCUGUUGACGAUGCUGCGAGUGGUGGUGGUGCGAAGAGUCGACAGGGGGCGCAGCAGCACCACAAGAAAGGAACCAGCAAAAGUGCAUCAGAUCCGAGCGGUGCUACAUUAGAGACUGCCAGCAACAGCAAGAGUGGCAGCAACAAGAAGAGGCGGGCAAAUGGCUCGGGGCAAUCCACACGGAAAGCAGCCAAGAACGCACAACAACGACCCAAGGGCCAAUCGACAACAACCACGAAGAGACACGCGAUCGACAGCGAUGAGGAGGAUGAUGAUGGUGACGUUGAUGGUGACAGCAGCAGCGGCGGCAGCGGCGGCGGCGGCGGCGGCGGCAAGAGCAACCACAAAAGCACCAGCAGCAGCAACCACAAAAGCACCAGCAGCAACACCAGCAACAGCAACGACAACAGCAACGACAACAGCAACGACAACAGCAAUAGCAGCAGCGGCUCUGCGGCAACCAAUGCUGGCGACCCAGUAGACCAGCAGGAACAAAAAGAUGGCAUUGAUCCAGAGGUGCUGGAUGCUGCGCGCGAGACCCUUCGACAUCAGCUCCUGAACCCACCCCUGCCCAACACAGCUCGCCACCGCGAAACAGAGCAGCUCCUCUUCGACACGCUGUACGCGGGCGUGGUGCGCGGCGAGAGCAACAGCGUGCUCCUGACGGGCCCGCGGGGCAGCGGCAAGACCACGUGCGUACAAAGCGUCCUGCAAAAGCUUCGACAAGACCCUGCCGCCAAGGAGCGCGGGUUCAUCCUGAUUGAGCUCAAUGGCCUUGUGCAUGGCGACGACGCCGCCGGACUGAAGCACAUGGCGUCCCAGCUCAGGGUCGCUGCCUCUGAGGACGUGGACGAGGACGAGGACAUUGCCAGCAGCGCCGCAGAGACUGCUCGUGCCCUCCGUCAGGCGCUGCAGCAGGGCUCCGGUGCAACCUCCCAGUGCAUCAUCGUCAUUGUGGAGGAGUUUGACGUGUAUGCCCACUUUGGCCAGCAGACGUUGCUGUACACGCUGCUCGACCACACGCAGCUGGCAGCGGUUCCCAUGGUGGUGGUUGGUGUCUCGUGUCGAGUGGACAUCUACAGCCUGCUCGAGAAGCGCGUGCUGUCCCGCUUCUCCCAGCGGUUCGUGCACCUGUUCAACGCGUGGGCGGACUUUCCCACCUACUUGCAGCAGUUUGUCGACAUGCUGCUUCUCCCCGACACGUUUGAGCCCGCGUCCUUCCGCCACGCCUGGAACGUGCACGUGCGUGCGCUGCAGCACAACCCGACGCUGGAACGCGAGUUGCGGGAAAUGCACGCCAUCAGCACAUCUGAUCUCCGCCCACUCCAGAAGAUGGCGUUUCAGGCCGUCACCAGGACAGCGCCGGCGCGCCCGUUCCUCCGAGCGGAGGACGUGUUUGAGGAGAAGAUGCGACAGACGCGCGACGCCAAAGUCACGCUGAUGCUCGACCUCUCUGCGCUGGAGCUGUGCCUGGUCAUCGCAAUGAACAACCUCCGCUACCGCGGCACCAUGUCCUUCAACUUUGAGGGCGUGUACGCCACGUACAAGGCGUUUGCUGCUGGCAUCAACAAGCACGGUGUUGAUUUCUACCGCAAGCCAGUUGCCCUCAAGGCUUUUGAGCACCUGUCUGCUCUCGAGCUCAUUCGCCCAGCCUCCACCACCGUCGCCAGCAAGGGUAGCCAGCACGCGGCCACGGACGUGUAUGCUGCUGUGCACUUGCUCGUGGACGAUUUGCAGGUGAUGCAGGUGGUUGACAAGUGCACCUCGCUUAGCACACGCGUCAAGAUGUGGGCAAAGGCACACGGCCUCUAGAUGUGUGCAUGCGCGCGCGCGGUGUGUGUGUGCGUGCGUGUGCGUGCGUGUGCGUGUGCGUGUGUGUGUGUGUGUGUGUGUGUGUGUGUGUGUGUGUGUGUGUGUGUGUGU